UCUUCACUCUCCUGCCACGGUUUCACCCUCGCAGCACCGCCGACCAAGGUCAGCGACGGUGACCGGCCACGGGAUCUGGCGACGCGGCACCAAACACCCCCCUGCGGACCCCGGUAGCUUUUUGUUUUUGUUUUUGCUCCCCCCCCCCCCCAAUGGGAGCGGGACGCACGGGCUGAGCAGCGCGACGCACCCGCCGACCGUCACCGCGCGGAUGGAGGAAGCCCCGGCCGCGAGGCAGUGAUCGAGCCGGAGCUACGCGUUAACCUAACGUCAAGUGGCCCCGACCUUCACACGGAGCGACACCAUGUUGGCGAACGCGGGGACUUACGCUAACAAGAAGAGGAAGAAGCCGGUUCUCAAACAUAAGAAGCCCGCUGAUGUCGAUGAAGUUGUUAAAUCCAACCCUUCAAAGCGACACCGGGAUCGGCUGAAUGGGGAGCUGGACCGCCUGACAGACCUCCUGCCCUUUUCCGAGGAUGUUCGCUCCCGUCUGGACAAACUAUCGGUCCUUCGCCUCAGUGUGGGAUACCUGAGGGUCAAGAGCUACUUCAAAGCGACCAUGAAGAACAGCAGCAGCAGCAGCCUGAUGUUUCCGGGACUGAACGGGCAGAACGGGAACAGCCCGAACACGGCAGGCUACUCCGAGGGCGACCUGCUGCUUCAGGCCCUGAACGGGUUUGUGAUGGUGGUCACGUCGGGGGGGUUGGUGUUUUAUGCCUCUACCACGAUCAAGGACUACCUGGGCUUCCAUCAGUCGGAUGUGGUUCACCAGAGUGUGUUUGAGCUCAUCCAUACCGAUGACCGAGCCAUGUUCAGACAGCAGCUUCACUUUGCUCUAAACCCCCCACCCGGUGGCGUGGGCGACGAUGUCUCGCAGAGUUGUGGCACUACAGUGAUGUACAGUCCUGAGCAGCUUCCCCCCGAGAACUCGUCCUUCCUGGAGAGGAGCUUUGUUUGUCGCUUCCGCUGCCUCCUGGACAACUCCUCCGGCUUUCUGGCUUUGAAGUUCCAGGGGCGACUGAAGUACGUCCAUGGCCAGAGCGUUUUCAGGGACGACAGGACGUGUAACAAACCUCAGCUGGCACUGUUCACCAUCGCUAUGCCUGUUCAACCUCCUUCGAUUGUGGAGAUCAGAGCAAAAAUGCUCCUCUUUCAAACCAAGCACAAGCUGGACUUCACACCCAUGGCCAUUGAUAGCAGGGGGAAGAUUAUUCUGGGCUACUCAGAGACUGAACUGUGUAUGAAAGGCUCCGGCUACCAGUUCAUCCAUGCAGCUGAUAUGAUGCACUGCGCCGACAACCACAUCCGCAUGAUUAAAACAGGAGAGACCGGACUGACUGUUUUCAGGCUCCUGAGUAAGUCCGGUGGCUGGGUGUGGGUGAAGGCCAACGCCAAGCUGAUCUACAAAGGAGGAAGACCGGAAUUUAUCAUUGCAUAUCAGAGAGCUUUAGUCAACGCUGAGGGUGAAGAAUAUCUGCGUCAGAGGAGGCUGCAGCUUCCCUUCAGCUCCACCACAGGAGAGGCCGUCCUCUACGACACCGGCCCCACGGUGGACGUCACACAUUUUCAGUUCAAUAAAAUGUUCAGCAACAAGGACACGAACGAGAAUGUGGCCCCCGGCUCUUUGCUGGACUGCUUCCUGAGACAGGAUGAAAAAGCCUACACGCAGAUAGUGCCCCCCCCCUUGCCCGUGGAUCAGGUAUUCAUGGACAGCGAGGCCCUGGUCAGCGUUCACAGUGACACAUGGCAAGAAAAUGGGCCCGCAGCUGCCAGGGGUGACCCUCUCGUGGUGAAAGACGAGGCCAAGCGGUCAGUGAUGGCUGUGAUUGACAGCCUGGAAAAAAUGGCUCAAAAUGGAGACUUUGGCGCAGCGCUGCAGAAUCUGGAGCUCGACAGUGAAGAGCUGGUGGAGUGGGAAAAUGCUCUCAAGAGAUUGAGUCAGGAUGAGGAUCAUCAGAACAAUGUCAGGUCUGAACUGGACAGCAUCCUCACAAAUGACAUAUUUGAAUACAUUGAUUCAGUUUUGUUCAAGGAGAAGGGAGAAGAUUGUCUAAACGCCAGAACUCCCAAAUGCCUCGCAGCCAACAACAAUAAUCAGCAGGACCCUUUCACUCAGGCUGCCCGGUUCCCAGCCCCCCAACUCUGUGAGCCACAGUUGUUUCAGACACUGAGCCUUGAUCAUACUAACUCUCCAAUGAACGGACUCUGUGCUCACCAGCAGGAUACAGGGCAAAGCUUGUUAGAGUCUGCUCAGAUAUUCAGCUGCACCCAGAAACCCUCCCACCAAGGCUCCCUAAUUGCUCAGUCUGACGCCAACCUGCCCCCUCUUCAACAGCUGCAGCUCCAGGACAUUUUCAGCCCGUCGAUUGAGCUCCCGGAGCUCGCCGUCCCCGGUGCCUCGGCUGCCGAUACCCUAGCCCCUUUUCCGUCCUGUGAGAAAGUGUCCAUCAGCCACAUGGGCUGCCCUCAGGGGAUUUCUGCACAGAUGCAGCCCGGCCAACUUCUGCCGUGUCCUCAAAAUAAUUUUCAGCGCCCUGCGAUGGCAUCAGGUGGACCGCUGCUGCAAAGCUCUGUUGAACCGCCGAACAAUGUAGCAUCCGGCGUAAUGGACAUUUUGCCACCCCUGAUUCCUUGCAACGACUUAAGUUCCUCCACCACACCUAGUAUUCCCAUUCCCUUCGCCUCAGCUCGUCUGCAAGGAAGCUCCCCCUUCGGAAGGCACAACCACCAGGUUCAGCAGUGGUCGCAGAGCCAGCAGCAGAAGCUGCCUCAUGCUCCUAUCAUGCAAAACGGACACGAGCCGAUAACAGUGUGUCACAGCCAAACUUCCGAAAGCCAAACAUUCCCACAUUCUCGCCUUUGGCCGAGGAGCAUCACCGGACUGAACCACACUCAGCAGGGGGGGCUGGCAUGUGGCCAGGCGGCUACUCAAAGCAGCUGCAUGUUCGACCAGCACUUUUCUUCCAGUCCAGCAGGGGACGACAUGCUGGCUUUCUCCGGGCCCUCUGGCCUGAGGGAGGCGGACACGUCUCUUGAUCAGAGUCUUCCUCAAGGUUCCUGCCGCUUCCAGUGGAGCAGCGGCGAGCUUGUGGUGGGCGCAUCAGCCGUCAACCAGCAGAACGCCAGCGCCGUGUCCCCCUCAGAGCACGCACUGAACAUUCAGCACUUCCUGAAAAACCCCAGACAGACACAGCAGGAUGAAAGACUCUCAGCUGAGCUCAACGGAAUUUUUGCCGCUCCUGCCCGUGAUGUAGCCAUGUACCUGACACAGUAGGGAACGGGCCCGGUUCUUAUCGCGGUUGCAGCAGCUACGGGACAAGGGCAAAGCGCGGCAUCAGUGCUUGUCCUCAGACUCUCAUGCUUACCCCCCCCCCCCGUUAUUGUUCGUAUGUUUUAUAUCGCUCUGUAACAUAUUUACUUUACCAGUCUGUAAUGUUUAAAAGCUUUUGCUCGUCAGUUUCUAGUGAAGAUACACUAUGAUAAUAAUGAAGUAUGAAGCCGCAAGUGUGUGUGUGUGUGUGUGUGUGUGUGUGUGUGUACCAGGACGGAGCUGGGGCCAGCGAGGAUGAUCGGUCAAGUGAAUCCAAAUAGCCAAAGAAAUAUCUUUUCAUAAGGGAAACCACAGCUGUCAUGUCCCCGUUCUCAGCCAGGGACAUCCAUUUAUUUCCCAGAUUUGAAAAACAUUCAAAAUAGGAAAAAACAGAGUAGGAAUGAUUAUAAAGAAUCACUGAGAGUGAUAGCUACCUGAAAACACAACUGUAGCAUCACUUUAAAAAUGAUUACCGAUAAAAUGAUCUGUAUAUUUUAAGUGAAAUCCUCUCAUGUGUCUGAUAUGAGCAUAUAAAUGUAAGCUGUAAUUCGAUGUAUAGUAUAUUUGUUUCACUCGAAGGUCUGCUUUGGCUGACAAAAAUCUCCCACGUAGAGAACGCGUCAGCACAUGAUGCAUGUGUUUGUCUGCCUGCAGUAUAUAUAUAUAUAUAUAUAUAUA